ACUGAUUUAUCGAAGGCUAACAAUCGAUAAUUUAUUAACCUGCCGCCACAAACACAAGAGAGCUGUAGCACCAAAAUAACAAAUAGUUUGUCGUCUUCUUUUUUACAAUAUAAAUAUACAAUACAAUUUUAAUCAAUUGUUAAUAAUGUUGGUAAAUCCUGCAGCUGGAAGUGUGCCCGAUAAAGCGUGGCAGCCGCAUUUCGUGACGCUGGAAACAACCAUGGGCGAAAUAACCGUGGAAUUGUAUUGGAAACAUGCACCAAACACAUGUUAUAACUUUGCGGAGUUGUCCCGACGUGGUUACUACAACAACGUGGUAUUCCAUCGCAUUAUUCGCGACUUUAUGAUACAGGGUGGCGAUCCAACGGGAACAGGACGUGGCGGCGAUUCCGUUUAUGGUGCCGAGUUUGCGGACGAGCUGCACAGCGAUUUAAAGCACACCGGCGCCGGAAUUCUGUCCAUGGCCAACUCGGGCCCAGACACAAACGGUUCUCAGUUCUUCAUUACGCUUGCGCCCACACAGUGGCUGGACAACAAACACACCAUCUUUGGGCGGAUAUACACUGGCAUGGAGGUUGUUAAGCGCAUUGGCCUAGUGGAAACGGACAAGAAUGAUAGACCAGUAGAUCCGUUGAGAAUUAUCAAAGCAAAAGUCGAGAAACUGUAACACAAUACAGAAUUUCAAAUACAUCUCAUAUUAGGGCAAUUUA